AUGGGAUUUAAAGUUACGUCCGACUCUAGAGUGGUGAAUAAACAGGGCGAGCCGGCAUGGAAGAAACGAUUAAGCCAACUUAUUGACACACUUAGGACAGACAUCGGAAGGCUAACGAGCUUCCAGAAAAAAUCCCACAACACACCUAAGUUACUUAAGCAAGUUCAAAAUAUUAGGGAAAAGUACGGACGCCACGGAGAAGUUCCUAACCUUAACGACCAACAAAUCAUGGACACUAUGAAGCAGAAGCUUUCAGUUUACUCAGCCCGAUUGGCAAGAUAUAAUAAAAGCUAUAAACGGAAAACCCAAAAUCAUCUAUUUAAUGUAAGUGAAAAAGCCUUUUACCGUAGCUUAGAUAAAAAGAAACACGAGUGUAAUGAAGACCUCAAAAUAACACCCCAAGAAUUAGAAAAUUUCUGGGCCCCAAUAUACACAAACAAGGAUGAACAUAACCAACAAGCAACGUGGCUAUCUGAAAUCUCUUCUACAAUCGCAAAUCCAAUGGAAUACUCCAGGAUAACAGAAACAGACGUUAGAGCAGCAAUAUCUAGGACAGCCAACUGGAAAGCUGCAGGUCCAGACAAAAUACAAAACUUUUGGUGGAAACGACUGUGGGUCACACAUGCGUACCUAGCCGAGCAUUUCUCCAAAAUAGUGUCUGAUCCAGAGUUACUACCGUCAUUCUUUACAACAGCCAUAACUCAUCUUAUCCCUAAGGACACAACGAAAAUCAAUGAUCCAUCCAAGUACAGACCAAUAGCAUGCCUCCCCACUAUAUACAAAAUACUCACGGCAUGCAUCUCUAACAAAAUCUACAACCAACUAGACAGGAAUAGUUUGAUCGCUGAAGAACAGAAAGGGUGCAUUAGAAAAGCGUAUGGCUGUAAAGAACAACUAGUCAUCGACUCAGUCAUAUCAAACCAGGCAAUAAAAAGCAAUAGAAAUAUUCACAUGGCUUACAUCGACUAUCAAAAAGCAUUUGACUCUGUGCCACAUUCCUGGUUGAAAUAUGUACUGAAACUCUAUGGUAUCCACCCCCAAAUACGGACGUUUCUUGGUCUUUGCAUGAAAAAGUGGAAUACUGACCUGACACUCCACCAUCAAGGGAAGUCGCUGAUUGUACCGAGGAUGAGGAUUAAAAAAGGAAUUUUCCAGGGCGACAGUCUGAGCGCUUUAUGGUUCGUCAUGUCAAUAAAUCCUCUCAGCCUGCUUCUGAAUAACAGCCGAUACGGCUUCGAAUUAAAGACUCCUAAUAGAUCCCAUAGGUUAAGCCACUUGCUCUAUAUGGAUGAUCUCAAACUAUACGCAUCUUCAAAACAACAACUAUCAAGUAUGAUCCGGAUAGUGGAAAUGUUUAGCACGGAUAUCCGAAUGAAGUUUGGUUUGGAUAAAUGUAGAACUAUCCAUAUAAACAAGGGAAAGUUUUCUAACGUGGUGAACAUACAAGAAUCAGAGAUUCAAAACAUGCAAGAGACGGAUCUUUACAAGUAUCUUGGAAUUGAGCAGGCGCGAAAUAUUGAUCAUGUUGGCACUCGAGAAAAACUCGAGAAGAUAGUGUACGAAAGAACGCGCAAAAUAGCCAACAGUUGUAUAAAUGGUCGAAAUAUGAGCAAGGCACUUAAUACCUUUGUUAUUCCAGUACUGACCUACUCUUUCGGCAUUAUAAAAUGGUCAAAAACCAGCAUCAAGCUAAUAGAAAGCAAAAUGCGUUCAAUAUAUAAAAAACACGGUCACCUCCAUCCCAACUCGUGCCGUGAGAGAUGGACUCUUCCAAGAAGUGAAGGGGGAAGAGGAGUAAUACACCUACUCAAUAUGCACAAUAAACAAGUGAACAAGCUACGAGAGUAUUUCUACAAUAAAGAUGCUGCACUACAUAAAACCGUAAUAGAGGCAGAUAAAAAAUACACUCCAUUAAACAUGGCAGAUAGAAACGCAGUAUUUCAAAUUGAAAUAAACGAUGAGAUCCUGCAUCAAUGGGCUCAGAAGGCGGUCCACGGCGGGCAUUUUUCCGACCUGCAUCAGGAAGAUGUUGACAUUAAAGCGUCAAACAAAUGGCUGAGCAACGGAGACUUGUACGCCGAGACCGAAGGCUACCUGCUGGCUAUUCAGGAUAGAGAGGAGCCCCUUGGAGAAUGCGAACUGCUGCCUUCUGAAGCCGAAAAACCCGAUCAGCAUCUGAAGAGUUACCCGAAAGAAGCACGCCAUAGGUAA